UGACUAUUUUAAAUCAAACUCAGCUUAACACCACCUUAGAUAUGCAGCGUCAUGGCAUUCUUGCACUGGUGUUAUUUUCCACAUUGACAACAUUACCAUGCUGUGUGUUUCUUUUCAUCAAUCUGACAAUGUUAUACACUUUAAGGAGUAAAGCGGUGUUUGUAGAGACCUCUCGAUACAUUCUUCUUUUUAACCUUCUGUUUGCAGACACAACUCAGCUGGCACAGAGUCAGUCGAUGUUUUUGCUUUCCACUGCCAGAGUUACAAUGUCUUAUUCUGUGUGUGUCGGUUUAACCCUUCUCAACUUUCUCACUAUUAGUGUUUCUAUCAUCACGCUGGUGAUCAUGUGUUUAGAGAGAUACAUUGCUGUGUGCUAUCCUCUAAGACAUAGUGCUAUCAUCACCACCAGGAACACAGGAUGGGUUAUUUGUGUUGUAUGGUGUGUCAGUUUAUUUCAUGUCAUUACACAACUAGGUUUAAUAUUAAGGUUUUCAUUUCGAGACCUGCAGCUCACACAGAUGAUAGAU